UUCGACCAGAAUGAUUUUUUUCACGUAUGUGAUUACCAUUCAUUUGCCAUUUCUAUCGCGUUGAGUGUCUCGCAAUACUCCUGGAUCUCUACGUAACACGUGAUCGCGUCCUUGUCUUCGAUCUGAUUGCCGGGGGACCAAGCUCAACCACACUGGGCGGACAAGUUUCGACGCGUCUAUCUCGUCACUGCCCACCAUGUCGGAUUACAGCAGCGACGAUGAAGCGGAGGAUGUUCAUCGCGACCCGAUCACGCACCGGCCCUUGAACCCGCGACGGAUACUGUUCGAGCCUGUAAUUGGGCGCGUUGUCGACGCGCUUGGUGGCUACGAAGCGGGAGUGUACCGAAUGGGAGACGAGGUGUCGGGAUGUCUGAAGGAUCUGAAGAAGCUCUGGAGGAAGGAUGACACGGAUGACGAGCGCACGGUCGCGCGCAUCUUCUGGGAAAAACGCGUCUUGAGCAAGGACCUGAUCCCUAUUCUCCUCAUGACGGCUGGUGCGGGACAGGUCGAGGACAAGAGGGCGAUUGCGUGUGCGGAUUUGAUCUCUGCGAUGACAUGGCCCAUCGACAUGAGUGAGGAGCUGGCCGAGCUGGAUUCUGGCGAGCGUGCGGACUUUACACAGCUUCACGCGGCGCAUCGCAGCUACAAAGCCGCUGUUCUGCAGCCAGCGGUCAUUCAGGCGCUGUUUGCUAUCAUACUUCCGCCACUCGCGAAGAUACCGAAGGAGCGCUCGCUGCGGGACAAUCAGGUCGCCGCUCUGGUGCUGUACAUUGUGCGCAACCUCGCAGCCAUCCGAGACCGGGAUGGGCUUCAGUCCCGGCUGCUGACCACUCUCCGCGAUAAUCACCUCUUUGAACUCAUCCUCACCGCCGCUUCCAACUCCGAGAAGGAUCCUCUACUUGGUAGCUGGAACACGCUAAUUCUUGAGAUCUUAUUCCUACUCUUCCGUGGCACACCACCGAUGUCACUCAUAGACCAACCGAAACCGGCGCUGGAACGUCUUCUUGCUGCCGAAGCUCGUGCGGCGCCUGUCCCUACUAGCAGACACUCGCGAUUCGGAACGUCCAUCGUCGUGUCUGCCAACCCAAAAGCCACUACUCAGGCAGUCGUGCAUACGACCGCCCCCGUUCCAUUUCUCCUCGAUGCCAACAAGAAACGGGUCCGUGUCCGUGCUGUCGAAUCUGCGGACGCCAUCUAUGCCGAUGACUUGACGAUAGAGGCGCUAUCCGUCCUGCGUGGCAGUGCACGGGACUUCCUCAGCGAGGGAGUUUUCAAUGCGUUUCUGACGGCGCUUUUGAGAGAUAUCAAGAUGGAGCGGUCAUGGGCAACGGGCGAUCGGAUUGGGAUAUGGACCCUGGCUGUCGUUCGAUGGACGACCUGUUUCUUUUUGCUGGACACCAAAGUCAAGAAGCGAGAUUUCGGGCUCGUUGGCGCCGCUGUCGAAAGUGGAUUUGUAUCUUGGGUACUCAAGAGAAUGCGCGAAGCGUCAGAGGAAAAGGUCCGCUUGGCUUUUCUCCCCCUCUUUCUUUGGGCGAUCAUCUCAUCUCGCGCCAGCCUGUUGGAUGGCCGGCAAUGUUUGCGGGAAUGGGUUGUUUGACACAAAUUCUCUCGGUUCUUGAUGCAAUCGCUAGUCCGACAUCGGGCGCGACUGAAAGCGAUGCAGAUGCGGCCCAGACUCUCACCAUGCAGCUGAUCUACGCCGGAGCACCGCUCGAUCUAGCCAUGGAUUGUUUGCGGGCAUGUACGACCGCGAAAGCAGCGGGUCGGGGACCCGCGUUUCUGGACGCUGCUGUGCAUUUUGCAUAUUCACUUGUGCGAAUGCUUGAACGUCAAGCUAGUACGGGUGACUCAGUCUAUGUUCGCAAAGCAAAAUCGAGUGCCAAAAAGGGAAAUGCGGAGGACGAGACGCAAUACGCGGAAGAAGAAGAGCGGAGGCGCGCUAAGGAAGAACAAGAGCAGACGUUCUCCUUGGAUUCUUUCGAGAUGAGAUUCGCCAACGCGGAAAUCACUCGUGCCCUCCUGCUACAGCUUGGCCGUUUCAAGGACCUGGAGUCUGAUGCGUUGCGAAGGGUCGUGAGCUUACUCCAUCGGGUAGCCGUCCGCGCCAAAGCUGAGGGCCUCUUCUUCAAUGCAUGUUCCUUCUGAUCCCCACUUCCGAAACUAAUGCGCAACAGGUGUCCACGCUGUAUCUUUUCCAAAAGAUCCUCGGCGAACAGAAGGCGCUUCCUCGAGACCAGCCCCACCGUGACUUGGUCUCGCUGGUGACGUUCGUGCUCCGGCGAUUCUUCAAAGCACUCGCGGAGGACUCUUUCCUUGCCGUCGAGGCAUUCUUCCCGAAGAAUCGGGGACAAUGGAAGUCGUUUUCGAGCUGGGAGCCCCCUACCAAGGGUGAACGAGAGCAGACGCGCACGAUCGUAACAACGGAGAUCAAGGUGAAGAAAGGCUACUCUUGGAGUGAGCAAGUCGGGAUCGCCAUCGCGGCUCUUGUCGAGUCUGGAGAAGUGGGCCAAAUCGAAUGGGUGAUCACGGCGCUGGCAACGGUAGUCCUCAAGUGGAGGAAAGUUGCCGAAGAAGUAGACAAAAACGCAACUGGUACGGCGGACUCGGAAUCGGAUGACGAGCAGAAAGUUCGGACAGGGCAUAUGGAACGAGGUCUCGAUGUGCGGCCUGAAGUGCAAGCGGCAAUGGUGGACUUUCAGGUCCCGUUUCCACUCAACGAGAUGGCUGAAGCUUUUUCGACCAACCCUCGACUACAGCUUUUGAUGCGUCUCGUCAAAUUCGUCGCGACGGAGUCAGGUCCGGAUGUCACGGAAUGGGAGUGGACCAUGCCCAAGGAGGUGCCGCCAGCUGAGCUGGAGAGGAUGAAAAAGGUUAUCGAGCAGUUUUUGGAGACGCCAAUCAACCUUCAAGGGAAGAAGGCGAGCGAGCUCAUGACCAAGACGAGCCAAAGGCGGCGGCGGUCACCGUCACCGUCUGCUUCGGAAUCGGGCUCGGAAAGCUCCGGAGGUCAAGGUGAAUUUGACGACAAGAAGAACUCCAAGAAGAAGAAGGGGAGGAAAGCAAGAACGAAGGAUCGCAGCGAAAAUACCCGGAAAGAGAGACAACAGCAAGAGUACAAAUCCGCCCAAUUCAUUGAGGACAGCGACGAAGAGUACGGCGAUAUCGAUGCAUUUUUGGAGAAGGAGAAGGUCAUGCGAGAGCGAAUCUUGUUGCAGAUCGAGAAAACAGGGAUGGAGGCACCCAUGCAGAAGACUGGCACCAAGAAACGUCGCAAGAAAGAUGGGCUGGAGGGUUCCAAGCGAAAGAAAAAGCGGCCUGACGAGGAGGCCGAUGACGUCUUCGAGUCCCAGCCAGUAGCUCAGACUCGUCCCCGUCCCAAACCGAAACCCAUCUUCAAAGCCAAAGCCGAUGAGCUCCCUGUCGAUUCCACGAUGGAUGUCGACGAAGACAGCCAGCACGAUAGCGGAUCUGCUGCACUCGAUGCAGCAGAUCCAGACUCGGACUCGGCGGGCCCUCGGCGAAGACCAAGGCGAACUGUUGCUAUCUCAGACGACGACGACGUCGACGAAUGAGCCCGCGGGCAGAAUUCUCCGGACAUCGGACUGUGUUGCAAAUCUAUCAUUCAUCUGUAUUUUGUCCUCGUUGUCCGUGUGGAGUCCCGGGCAACGCGCGGAUUUCCGUUCAAAUCAACAUUGGAGCGUUCAUUCUCUGUGGCGUGCCAGCCAAGCAGGUAGGAUUUUGAGGGGUCCGGAUUUUUCCGGGAGUCGGCGACCAGCCUUGAGGCUUGGAACGAAGAUUAUACUAUAGGCGCGACGCGUCGGUGAACUCGGUAGCAGUGGAAGUAGCAUGCUCGACCCUUUUCUACCAAGAAGUAUUCAAUCGCUUACAACGGACAUUGUGCAGCGCACGCCUACGCCUUGUCCGGACGGGUCCUUGUUCUCUUGACGCCCGCAUUCAGAAGCUAAACGCGCGCAUGAUCAUCUGUCACAAAUCAUGCAUAUGCAGAUGCAGGACAAGAACAGGAUAGCCACCCUGUGCCCGGCUGAGCCCGAAUCCGACGUGCGAGGAAAUUAAUGGCUCCCUCGUAGCUGGGAUCCAGCACGCGCGAUUAUCAGAUUGAGAGUCGAAUUCAGACUUUCUUCGCUGACUGGAAGUGUAUUUCAGGCAACAACCCAUAUUGGGCGAACACUGGCCCGAAAGUCUCGGUGGGCACCCUCAAAAUGGACGAUCGAGAUCGGGCCCGCUUAAAAAAGCUUCCGUUAGCUUCCGUUUGUCUUGCCGAGUCCUUGAUUGUUGGGAUCUCGCAAUUCAGACUCAGCGGCGCGGCGGGAUACUGCCAGAGGCCUGGCGCAGGGGCGGGAUUGAUAGGGUCUUGCCGUAAUUGGUGGAUACUGAUGACGAGGCGCGGAGAAAAGAGAUUAAUGUGGCUGGGAGAACCGUUGGAGAGAGAUGGGGGGGCGUCGAUCGAAAGUUUGAGAGAAAGCGGGCGUAGUGAGCCUCCACGGGCCCUCGGUACAUUGUAACGGAGAGACUGGGAGUGGGACGCCACUAGUCCUUUCGGAUUAUCAGGAACAAGGAGAUGGGUUAGAGAUGGUUUCUGCCAAACGGGCCAAAGCCUGAACUGCCAAACGAUUGUGGCAAAUAGGCAUCCACAGUGAUCGGGCAUCACGAAGUGAAUUGCCUCCGCCGCCCAUAUUGAUGACCCCAGCAAGUAGCCGCUAGCAAC